GGUUUCACAUCUUUCCAUGAUAAUGUGCUCUAUAAUAGCUGAAAAGCACCGAUUCAUUUUCUUACUGUUCAAAUACUGAGCCGGCCAGCAGACAUUCAGGGCAGACCUCCGACCAAGAUGAGGCAAGCAUUGGUGGCUUUUCUAAUCAUGCUGGUUUGCACAAGGACGCUUGUGGCUGCUGUGAAUGAUGCAAAGGAAAACAGUACUACAGUAAAAUCCUCCACUACCUCCGAAGGACUCAGAAGUGAAAUGAAACCAGAUAUAACAGCCCGAACUGAGAGAAAAAUGACAAAUGAAAACAAUAAGGUGUCUUCUGAGAAAUUGACUUCUGGGGAAAUUACUCCUUCACACUCAACUGAAACAACUGGAGGAAAUGCACAAAGGGAAACAACAACCCACAAGGCCACUGAAACGACAACAACAACUGAAAACAAAAUCAUUGCCACAAAUCACUCUCACACAACUGAGAAAACAGCCACCACGCACUUGGCAAAUCCCACUUCUAAAACAACUGGGGAGAAAACAACAAAGGAAACUGCAACCCACAAGGCAUCUGAAACAACAGCACAUGAAAACAAACCCGUUGUUACAAAUCACACUACUACUACGGAGAAAUCCACCACUCUUGAGAAAACAGCCACCACACACUUGGUAAAACCCACUUCUCACAUGACUGGAGAGACAACAACAAAGGAAACAACCACCCACAAGCCCACCGAAACAACAGUGACUGAAAACAAACACACUACUACCACUGGUACUGAGAAACCCACCACUCUUGACAAAACAGCCACCACACACUUGGUAAAAUCCACUUCUAAGGAGAGAACAACUCACAAGGCUAAUGAAACAACAACUACAACUAAAAACAAACCCACUACUACAAAAGAACACACAACCACUGUUCACAAAAUUACCACCACUCAGAAAACAACCUUUACACCUCCGACAAAUGGAGACAAGACGACAAAAGAGUCAACAACAAAAACUGAAACCAAUAGUGAUAAAAUCACCAGCUCUUCUAAAACAACUCUGAAAAACUUGACAGAAUCCACCUCUAAGACAAGUGAAGGGACGGCGACAACCAAGAAUAAAGAAUCUCUCACAACCACCCACAGUGGAAACAACAACCCAGUCAUGUCGUCAAAGUUCAUCCUGCUAGGAGCCUUAGUUUUCAUCUUCUCCAGUCACUUGCUCUUAUAAAGUCAGGGAGAAGCACAAAGAACUUAUUUGUUAUUUCAAUGAUGAGCUUGCAUUUGGUUACCAGACCAGAACUGAAAAUCCGUCCUGUGACUUAUCUGUCCACUCCUGUUGAGAAGAGCCUGAGAGUAUCAAAUCCAAUCUCCAUCAUGUAUCUGUCAUGAUCUGUCAGUUAGAGGUAGUUGCUCAUUUUUGGAGACAAACCUCACAAACCUGAUUAGUCAAAAAACUGGAACUUUUAAUUCUAUAGAUGUAUGAAGGCUCUCUGCAAAACACAUUUAAUCAAAUUUUCUUGCCUUUGUUAAUGAGAUGAUCAUAAACUAAAUCUUAAAAACUCCUGUUACUGAAUGUUUACAUUUGCACCUCUUCAUUCUAUUUAUUAAUAAUACUGCAGAGCUCAACCUGCUCUUCUACGGCCCUGACAUGUCUGUCGCAUGGGCUUUUCAAACUUACCCGUCUAGCAAAGGUGCAGACAUUUAUGUCCAAAGGCUCUUCCAUCUGAUUUCUUUGCUUUUUAAUAUAAUGCAAUCAAGAAUUAAUGACUGUGGAAGCUAAAUUAAUUAUAAGGAAGCCAAAUACAAAUUAACAAGUGUGAUUAAAUUACUGGUACACAAUUGACAUGCACUGCUCUUUUAGCAGAUACAACUACUUAAGGCACAUGUUGCUCUUUUAAUAUUGUUUAAUAUAUUAAAAUAAAUGACCACCUGU